UCCGCUCCCCUCCUCCCUCUCUCUCUCUCUCUCUCUCUCCUGCUUUAAACGCUCCUCCGCUCGAAGAGAGCACCCCAAAAACAUGGCAGAAUAAAGCGGCAGCAAAUCUUCUUCCGCGGCGCUCGAAUCCGCCGCUCCGAAUGGACCCAGGGUACAACCCGCGGACGGUGGAGGAGGUGUUCCGGGACUUCAAGGGCCGCCGCGCCGGCAUAAUCCGCGCGCUCACCGCUGAUGUGGAGGAUUUCUUCCAGCAAUGCGACCCGGAAAAGGAAAACUUAUGCCUCUAUGGGUUUCCCAAUGAGAAUUGGGAAGUAAAUUUGCCUGCAGAAGAGGUGCCACCUGAGCUCCCAGAACCUGCAUUGGGCAUCAACUUUGCACGAGACGGAAUGCAGGAAAAAGAUUGGUUGUCCAUGGUUGCUGUACACAGUGAUGCAUGGUUACUUUCUGUUGCAUUUUACUUUGGUGCUCGAUUUGGUUUCGAUAAAAAUGACAGGAAGCGCCUGUUUGGUAUGAUUAAUGAGCUCCCCACGAUUUUUGAAGUUGUUAGCGGGAAGAGUAAAACCAAGGCACCAAGCAAUAAUAACCAUAGCAAUAACAAAUCCAAGUCCAACAACAAAACGAAAUCAUCAGAGCCUAAGGUGAAGCAGCCAAAGCCGCCGCCGCCCCAGGUGAAGGAAGAAGACCCCGCCCCCACGGAGGAAGGCCCAGCCGAGGAGGAAGACGGCGUCGGCGGUGGCAGCGAGGGUGAGCACGGGGAGACCCUCUGUGGCGCUUGCGGGGAGAGCUACGGCCCCGACGAGUUCUGGAUCUGCUGCGACAUCUGCGAGAAGUGGUUCCACGGCAAGUGUGUCAAGAUCACUGCCGCCAAGGCGGAGCACAUCAAGCACUACAAGUGCCCGUCCUGCAGCGGCGGCGUUGGCGGCAACAGCAACAGCAAGCGAACCCGCCCGUCCUAGGGUGGCAGUCCUAGGGUGGCGGACGAGCUAGUUGGUUAGCAGAGCUGUUGCCGUAGUUGCAAUGGCUGUGACUUAUGUGUAAACUUGUUUUAGUUGUGCCAUUUGGCUGGGCAAUGUAACUUGGCUUUAAGUAGAUUUACUGUUUAGCUGGAUUUCAUCAGGAAUUCAUUUGGCAUUUGCUCUCUUCAUUUGAUCA